CUUCAGACGAGAGUAAAUCGCGAUACCUCUAUCAUACUUGAAUAUGAGCAUCGAUAAGAUUACCAAGCACCAAAUAUCGAGCACAGUUCAAAAAUAGAACGUGCUGAGUAAUAUUCCAUUAUUCUUGUCGCUACAAACGCUAGGCUAGGAACAGAAGAACAGAAGGACGCAAAGACAUAGGACCCAGUAGGAUCACAACUUAGAGAUUCACUUGAGCGAAGAAGCGGGAAAGUGAGAACAACCAACCCAAAUUCAACGAUCAGGUUCUCGCUGUCACCAUAAUGGAUCGUAUACCUCCGGAACUAUUGCUGCACAUCUUCGAGUUCCUCGAUGGCCCGGCUCCGUCUCAAGUGCGACUUCGCCAGCAGCCGAGUGACGACAUGUUGCAUGCCAAAUCUCAACUUUCACAGAGCCUCAAGAACGUGUCUCUUGUCUGCAGAACUUGGCGAAUCCUAGUGCUGCCUAGUCUGUUCCGCCACAUCUUAUGGAGACCCAAGAUAUCAUCGCUCCGCGCCUUUACCAUGAACCCGAUCCCUCUCCUACAGUUCUUGGAGAACAACAAAUUGGAUCGAGGCGUCACAACAUUCACCCUGAUCGUGGACUUUGUCGACAAGGAGGCCGACGCCAGACAUAUGACCCCCGAAAUACGGACGGUGGAUCUUGAGUGGUUAUGGGAUCAGCUCUUCUCCGUCAUCGAUCCUCUAAGAUUUACCAUCAUUGCUCCACCCACCACGCUCGCUGCCUUCAUGUCUCGGAUGCUAUUCUUAGACGAUGCCUGGUCGUUCAGUAUCCCUUAUCACAUUCUCUCACUUGCCCGAACCACAAGGGGCCCUUCGCGUGACCGGUCGAUAGAAGCACACUUAUCCGAUCUUCAACUCUCGCCGCCACCGGAGCACGAUGCUAGGAGAGCGGCUCGACCCGCAUCGGCGAGUCCCCCUACCGGAAUUCGGUACAGAAAACCACCAGCGUGUCCGCUAUUCACCCUUCGUCCCUGGACUUCCAUCCUGCUUAACGAAGGUUCAUCCACCAGGGUCUACCGAACCUACGAAUUCUUCCUGCGGAGGCCACCGUCCAUGUUGGGGGCCCUUCUUGGGUGCGAGGAGCACCCCAAUGACAGCCCACUUAUACCAUCUACCGUUGUUGAUUUCAAUUACAUCGCCAUAUUCCCCCUCUCGUCUCACUUCGAAGUCCUUGUCCAGCACCUACCUAAAAUCGAACGACUGUUCGUUCAAUUAACGCCUGGUCCGGAAAGCCAGCUCAUGUUGGACAAUAGCGAGAUGCACCAUGUCGACUCAGCCGACCUCUGGAUGGAGCGCAACACAGCGUAUAGCUCCGUAAUGCGCGAGCUAACCAUCGCGGAUAGUCCCAUAGACCGCCCCGGCAAUUGGGCGUCGUUACAAAUUUUCGAGAGCGGCGACACGGCGGAUAUAGAGGCCUGGAACAUGGCCGUCGACUUCCUCAAGAGUAGCGGGGUCAAGGACUGGAAGGUGGAACGGGAGGGCGUGUUUGUCAAGCACGACGACGACGGGAAUGGCCCCGCCACUGAACGGGAGAUCGACGGUCAUAUUGCGGCCGCAGACUCGCCCGAAGGACAGAUCUUGUCAGUAUAGACCCUCCCUUUUCUUUCUUCGGGACCUUCGAGUUUGAUAGGCAUACCAUGUAUAAAUUGCAGUUCCCAUAAGACAUCUUGUGGCACGCCUCAAUCCUAGCGAACACGAUAUACCAAGCAACAUCAUGGAGAACCAAAACUUUAGACCUCUCCUAAUUAGCUCGAUAUUUCUUACCGCCUGGCAAGAAAUAAACUUCUAGCGGAGGAAUCUCAAGAAUCUCGGUUACAAUACGAGCAUUCCGAGUUCACACAAGACUCCAUGUAUUGCAGACCGCUUGCUGAUAACACAAUGCAGUCAGGGAUCACUAAGGCGGUUCGCGUUCAACGGCGUCGCCCGUCUCCCCUUUUCGAGCACGUUGUACAUGCAGAAUGGUCAACCGCCAAUCAAUGGAGAUUAGGACCUCUAAAACGCCACGACAAAAAAAAAAAAAAAAAAAAAAA